AUGGGACUUUGGUUUGAUUCAAGUGAGAGGCUAGUCCUUCAAACUUGGCUAGAGAAGUAUCUCUCUUGGGCACCAUCAGACUAUGACGAAAGUUGGAGAGACGGUUGUUUGCUAUCAAUUCUGCUCAAUAAACUACAACCAGGAUGCAUUCCAGAUGCUGAGAAGUUGGAUUCUGAGUACAGUUUGCGAAACGUUUACCACGCUUUUGAUGUUCUGGAAGAAUAUUUCAACAUUAAACCGGAUCUUUCACCUGAAGAAAUUGUGACCUGUGCCAAUGAAUCGGAGAAGAAACUUUAUGAUCUUCUUUCGCAGCUAAAGCAAGCAACCGAUAUCAGAACUGACAGUGAGGAAACCAUUCCGAAAGCGGAAAUACUCGAAAAAACAGAAAGUGAUGAGAAUGCUCUCAAUAAGCACUGCAUUGCCAAAGGAACAGGCUUAGUUGUAGGAUUCGUUGAACGAAUGACUCAUUUCAUCGUGUUUUUCGCCAACCUAGCUGACUUGGACGUGGUCGUGGAUAUCAAGGGACCUUCAGAAACAGUUUGUAGUGAAAGAAUAACGAAACGUUCGCCAAAAAAGCGGUGUUCGACUACAGAUAUUAUGGAAUACAAUUCCAGUCCCAUACUUCGCUCUGUUUCCAAUCCUGAAGACAGAAUAUGUUACGAAGAAGAAAAAGAACUCAUAUCCAGAACAAUACCUUUGGAGUACGAAAUUUUGCCAAAUCAGAUUAACUUUGCUUACAAACCACUAUACAAAGGGCCGCACAAAAUAUCAGUCUUGUGGCAUGGACUCCACGUUUUUGGCAGUCCUUAUACAGUAACCGUAGAAGAUCCAUGUCAAGUAACAAACGCAAAUAACUCUGCGUACAUUAAACCGGCUCUUAAAUCUUUUAAUUCUGAAGAUAAAUCCGUUACCAAAAAGCCUUCAGUGCGCUUUCAGGAUUCAAAAGAAAAAUUUGGAAAAACUCUGAAAAAGCGUGUUUUGAGGUACAUUGUUAAAAUUGAUGGCAAAGACGUGGCUGUGGACACUAACAAUACCGAUUCAUUAGCAACAGAGCUAUUGAAAAUGGAUUAUGACUACGAUAACAACUUUUCACUUUGUAGAAGAAAUAGCUGGGGAUUUACGGGUGACGCUGAACGCAAAGUCAGCGUUAUUCGACAAUUCUGUGUUGACGUAGAUGUCAUGGAAGCUCAAAGCAAACACAAGAGAUCCAGAUCAUUAGUUUUAGACAGAGAAAACAGUACCACAUCGAGAAGCGACUCUCUUGAUGAUUUAAGACUUAACUGUAUAAAAGAAAACAGCAUUAAAAAGGCUCAAGAUUGCUACUCAAGUGAAGAUACAUUCCCUCACAUGGACUUUGAUUCGAAUGAAAAUUUAGUGGAGGAAGAUGCCAACAUAGAAUUUGAAAACCUUGACUCUCCAAUUGCUGAAUCAUCGUCUUUUGCUGAAAGACAUAUGAAUUCAGAAGAAGUGAAAGAAGAGCUUAUAGUAAAAUCGUGUUGUAUCAAAGAUGAAUCUAAAAUCAAAACUAACGAUCUGAUCUCAUCGUUUUCAGCUGAAACACUGCCACCCAAAGCUGAAAACUUGAAUGAAGAUCCGAAAAAGAGUUCUAAUGUUUCAUGCGAAAAUAUUAAUGAGCAAUUGUCUGAACCGGAAAACAUAUCGAAGCAAAUAGAAACUGAAGUUGCAGACUUUAAUUACUACAAUAUUCAACCUUCGCUAGAAGAUUUAACGGACAUUGCUAACGUUGAAUUGGGAAACGGUGAUGAUGUAAACAAAUAUGAUCAUCGAAAUCCAUCUAGCUCUUCUUCAGAAUAUAUGAAUAACACAAAACCUUUGUGUGACGCAUCUAUACCAUCUCCUACAUUCAUUUCGAGAGGGAUAAACCACAGAACAAGCAAUGAGAUUUGUCUCACUUCUUUACAUUGCUGCAAUAAAUUUGAGAAGAAAUUAAAUAAAAUUGGCGUCAAAGAAUUACCUCGUAAUUCAGCAACAACAUCUUCGACGCAUCAAAGUGACAACGUUGUUGAAAAUAAAAAGGCACAUCCUAUCAAGACUCAUUCAUUGUUGUCGAUAGGUCAUUACAAUUUCAAACAGUUUAACCCACCAUCAGAGAUUGAAGCUUCUUUUCGAGUGAAAAACCGAAUACUAGAAUGGGAAGCUACAAUAUCUGGUGAACAUCAAGAUCUUAAAAGCUCAAAAAGCGUCCCCAUAACAGAAGUACUCGACACAGUAGACGUCAAGGCCAAGUUGUCAUUUUGGGAAAGUGCUUAUAAAAAAGAAGAAACAAAUUCAUUGGAGAAUGUAGAGCUACACAGACAUCUUUUAAAAGGCAGCCUAAGUUCUGAUGAAUCCAAAGACAAUUCUGGUGACAUACCGUUUGACAACACAGAUGAGCUGAGCAAUAACAUUUUAUGGAAUUUGUUCCACACUACAGAAAUACACUCCCUGAGAGUAACUGGACAAAAAAAGAAAAUAAACGAAAAGAAAUUUGUAGCUGCUAAAACAAGCAGUUGUUUAAACCAUGUAUCGAACAAAAAACUAGAAGUUGAGUUUCAAAAUGUUAUUGGAGGACCCUCAAACAAACAAACUCGUAGUUUUAGUGAUUCUAUCAUUGACACAAGCAAACGAUCUGAAAAAGACAACUUUGACAUUCCUCUAGAAACGUCUGACAAUAUUUAUUCCUCGAACGAUAUGGAUUUAAUUACAUAUUCUUCUGAUGACGAAAGCUCAGCGCCUGAUCAUUUGAGGCUCUCUACGGAAGAUGAGUACAUUGAUGAUGAAAUUUCUGAAAGUACACCCAUGUUUUGGGGAGAACUGAGUCUUCUAACAACACAAAAGCACUCAAAUUCUUCAAGCGAUGCUGAAUGCAGCGAAUUCUUAGAUCCAGAAUACUUUAGGCAACGCUAUUUGAAUAGCAACUUCAAUCCUUCCGAAUGCAAGAUCUUUGGAAUUUCGAACUACUAUGGCUAUGUAGCAGUGAAAAAUAGAUUUCAGGUUUUGACUAAAGAUGCUGGAACAGGAAACUUAUCAGUGAGUGUCCAAGGUUUUGGAGAACAUGACGUGUCUUUGGUGUGUGUAACAUAUAGGAAGAAGGACAUCUACGAUGUCACAUAUCAAGUCAUGACUGCAGGCUACUAUCUUAUAUCUGUGAGGUGGAUGGACUGCCACAUUCCUGGAAGCCCUUUCGUGUGUAAAGUGACAUUCUGAGAGGAUCGAUUCAGCUAAUUUUAUUUGUUACUCCU